AUGGGAGGAAUAGUGUUCUCCAACUAUAGCACUAAAUAUAGACAGGAAUUGCAUUUAGUGCUCAAAAACAUCACAUUAGAUGUCAAACCGAGGGAAAGGCUGGCAAUAGUGGGCCGAACCGGUGCUGGAAAGUCAUCCCUGGCUUUGGGUCUCUUCCGACUCAUAGAAGCCACUGAUGGGACGGUUAGUAUCGAUGGCAUCGACUGUUCGACAAUAGGUUUGCAUGACUUGAGGUCUCGGCUAACAGUCAUACCUCAAGAACCGGUACUCUUCGCGGGCUCUUUGCGACACAAUUUGGAUCCAUUGGAUCAGUGGUCAGACAAAGAGAUAUGGAGUGCCUUAGAGUCGGCACAUCUGAAGACAUUUGUGGAGAGCCUGAAGAGUGGACUCAAUCACGAGAUCUCUAUCGACGGCGAGAACGUGAGUGUCGGACAGAAACAGUUGGUCUGUUUGGCGAGAGCUCUACUCAGACGCACCCGAGUCCUGGUCUUAGACGAGGCCACCGCUGCGGUCGAUAUGGAAACGGAUGACUUGAUUCAGAAGACAAUCCGCGAAGAAUUUGAUUCCUCGACAGUCGUGACAAUCGCUCAUCGAUUGAAUUCAAUCAGAGAUUACGACAAAGUGUUGGUUUUGGACAACGGAUCCAUCGCUGAGUUCGGGUCUCCGGAACAGCUUCUGACUGACAACAACUCCAUCUUCUACUCGAUGGCCAAACACGAGGGUAUUGUCUGAAUGUCUC